CUGGUGUAGACCUGCUCCUAAUAGUGUAGCAAAGGGCCACAGAGAAACUGUCAGUUACUCUUUGGCCUUUUCCGCCGCAAUAGUGCUUCUCCAAAACCCGCAUUACGUACCCAUUGUCUCUUGCGUCACGCUGCAGCCCACCCGAGUCCGAGUCUCUCCCGUAUCUUCCGAGUUGUCCUGAGUCUUGGACCCCCCCGGCGCCGCCGAGGCCCACUCCCGGCACUCUCUCCCUACCUCCCGCUUGCCGAGGUCUCGGAAGGAAAUUUUUGCGGCUCAUCAUGGAGACUGACGACGGCGUACAAGCGGACCUUCCGGGCUCCGCCGCCAACGGUUCGGAGCCGUUGGCGUGUGUGACAUGCCGGUCCCGAAAGCUUAAGUGUGAUCGAGUGAAGCCGGCAUGUAGCCGUUGCUUGAAAGUCAAGGGAGAAUGUGUGUAUCCGGAAUCCAGAAGGAAGCCCGCCUUCAAGCGGAAGAAUGUGAAGGAGCUCGAGGAGAGGCUAGCUCAAGUAGAGGAUCUUCUCAAAGAAGCUGCCAGCAAGGGCAAUGGGGCCCUACCUUCUGAGGGUGACCUAGAUAGCCGGAUCAACAUUGGGCUGGACGACUUCCAUGUCGACAUUGAGACGAUCAUGGCCAUGCAGAAUGGCACCUUUGACGACGGAACCUCCGGUUUUCACACGGGAGUGAACACGAACAAGACGGCACCGCCCUCUCAACCUGAAGCACCAAGCUUUGCCAACGCCUCGGGGGAACUCAUGGGGCUGGGGCUCUCAGAAGCUCUACCCCCUUUUGAGAUGAUGGAGGAGCUAAAUAAGAGCUUCUUUGAGAGGCAACAGCACUUCAUCCCUAUCAUCCACCCUGGACGAUAUCUCCAGGCGUUCUACUCAGCACCUCAUAAACGUCCGCCCAUGUGUCUGCAGUAUGCGGUCUGGUCCAUGGCCUCCAACGGGCAUGAGAAGUACAGCCAGUACCAUGAUAUUUUCUACAAACGGGCUCGACAGUACGCGGAUUCGGAUGAGAUGAAGGGAUUCGGCGAGCACUUCCUCACUAUCCAACACGCGCAAGCGUGGGCCCUCAUCGCGACGGACGAAGCGAGGUCUCUCUUCUUCACGAGAGCGGCUAUGAGCUCCGCAAAGUGCGUACGACUCGUGGAAAUGAUGGGUCUUCACCGCAUCGACGGCGACGGGCAGGAGAUGGCGCCGACCCUUGCGCCGCCCACGUCGUGGGUUGACCUUGAAGAGCGGAGAAGGACGUUUUGGGGCGCUUACUGUAUCGACUGCCACGCGAGUAUUGCGACUGGGUGGCCUACUCUAAUUGACCCCAACGAAAUCACCACACAUCUUCCCUCGUCCGAAGAGGCCUUCAACUCGGCCCGCGAGGAAGAAACAUCAACCCUACCAGAAGCCUUUCAAGGCGCCUCGUACUCGACCUUCGCGGGCGCUGUCAUCAUGUGCUACAUCUUCAACAUGCUCCUGAAGCACGUGCACUGGGAGCGGCCCAACGACAGGCCCGCGGACGUCGAGUACGGCGAGUUCUGGAAGCGGCACAGGGACAUUGACAACAUGCUCUCGAGCGCCUUCAUGUUCUUGCCGGAGCGCUUCCGCCUGCCGCAGAGCAUGCGCGACCCCACGUCCGUCCACACGAACCUCAACCUACACGCCUCGGUGAUAUGCCUCCACCACGCCGCAAUUGACAGGAUCGAGCGGAACAAGCUCCCCGAGCCGCUCAAGGCCGCCUCAGAACUACGGCUGCGGACGGCGGCCGAGGAGGUGGUGAGCAUCAUCAAGUUGACGAGCCACAUGAACUCGGGAUAUAAAAGCCCCAUGGUCGCCCUGUCGCUCUACUCGGCCGCGUCGGUGUACGUGUACUCGGCGAAGUGCAACAUGGAUACCGGCUUCUCGACGGCGGACCUGCAGAACCUAAAGUUCAUCAUCAACGCCAUGGAAGCAAUUGGUCGGCGGCACAUCAUCACGCAGGCCUUUCUCCAGCAAAUCUUCAUGGACAUUGAGCGCAACGGCCUGUCGGGCGUCAUCGACCUGCCCAACCUGGCACACUACAAGAACCUCUUUGGCUGGACGUCGUCCAACAUUCCCUUGCUCGCGCGGACGUCCAUCUCGAAGCACACCGAGAUCCAGCCGCCUUUGCCCGGCAGACUGCCGCUCGGCAACCCGAAGGGCACCGCCUACGAGCACUACCCGAUCAGGGUGCAGCACGACGGCGGCUGCAAUACCCCCGUCUCCAUGGGCGGCACCAACCCGAUGCUCGGGCCAACGCUCGGGAAAUUCGACCAGCCUAUUGGGAUGGGGCCGCCGUCUUCAUCUGCAUCCGUUGAUACGCGGGACAUGGGGCCGAAUAAACGGAAACGGACAUCGGAGUCGACGACGACUACAUCGACAAAGAGCCCAGAUGUGACGGGCAUGGCGCAAGGGGCCGCCUUUGCUUAUCCGUCGGUGCCUGUGGCCUCCGGCAUUGACAGCGUGGGCGGGUUCGGGUCGGGUCUCCUGCGAGGGAGCGGCAUUAUUGGACCAACAGCAGGAACGGCUACUUUCCCAGUCAACCUCCCGCACCGGAGUCCCGCGACGGGACAACCGUCGCCGACGUCCGUUCUCAACAAGAGCACGCCGUCGCAGUCGACGGGCGGGAGCAGCAGUAACAAUACGCCGCCUGGUCUCGUGCGCGGUAGCACGUCUUCGCCGGACGAUGGGAGCACCACGCAGAGUAACGUUGGUAGCGGCAGCGUUGGGGUGGGGAACGUCAAUGAGAUUAUCGAUAUUACGAGCAUUCAGAACGCGAUGCUGAGCGGUGGCGCCGCGGGGUCCUCGUCGACAUCGGCGUCAACGACGACGUGGGACUCAAGGGGCUUGCAGUAUGCCCCUAGCACGGAUCCGGUUUCGUUUAUGAAUAUGAACUUUGACUCCAUUCCGCCGGGUAUGGGGAUUGAUCCGUGGACUGUGUUGGCGAACAUGGACGAUUUGACGUGGACUGGAGAUGGAGAGGUGUCAACGGAGACAGUUACAGGAGGGUUGAAUGGGAAUGGAACUACCGGGUAAGGUAGGAUGGAAUGAGAGUGGAAGGGAUGCUUGGUUCGGACUCGAGGAACGGAUGGCUAUGAUACCGGC